GCUGUGCAGUGUCCGUGUGGAAAUGCCAAAGCCAAUGGGAUGAGGAUUCCAUAAUAGAUGCAAAUUGUCGUGAAAAGACACUGCAAAAUAUGAAAAAACUCAUUUGCUGCGGAGUAAAUCACAGAAAACUGUUUACGGACUGGCACCUUGUACCGGAAUUGUAAUGCAAGACUACAUCCGAGGAUGAGAUUUCAUGGAAUCGACAUGACUGUGGCUUGAACAUUUCGAAGCAAGGGUUUCUUGAAAUACAACAAACACGCAAACGCUGGAAAUUACCGAGAGCAUCUUCUGGAAAAACAACGGGCUUUGUUUUGUUUCUGCGGAACAAUCGAGUUUUGCCACGGUGACAACAACAAAAAUGAGUUCCUAUUUCGUCAAUUCUCUCUUCUCCAAAUACAAAAGUAGUGAUUCUUUACGCCCUAAUUAUUACGAAUGCGCUGGUUUCGCACAAGAUCUGGGAAGCAGACCAACUGUAGUUUAUGGACCCGGUUCUGGAGGUACUUUCCAACACCCAGGUCAGAUCCAGGAGUUCUACCACCACGGCGCGUCCACGCUGUCCACCACCCCUUACCAGCAGAACCCCUGCGCGGUGACCUGCCACGGGGAACCAGGCAACUUCUACGGGUACGACGCGCUGCAGAGACAAAGUCUGUUCGGAACCCAAGAAACAGACCUGGUCCAGUACAGCGACUGCAAGCUGACCUCCAGCAACGUCGGCGAGGAAGCGGAGAGCACAGAGCUGAGCCCCUCUCCCACACAGCUCUUUCCGUGGAUGAGACCCCAAGUAGCUGCCGGACGGAGGAGAGGCCGCCAGACCUACAGCCGCUACCAGACGCUGGAGCUGGAAAAGGAGUUUCUGUUCAACCCCUACCUGACCCGCAAGAGGCGGAUUGAGGUGUCCCACGCCCUGGGGCUGACCGAGAGGCAGGUCAAAAUCUGGUUCCAGAACAGGCGGAUGAAGUGGAAAAAGGAGAACAACAAAGACAAAUUCCCCAGCAGCAAAUCAGAGCAAGAAGAAAUAGAAAAACAGAAAAAGGAGAACGAGCGAGACGAGGAGGCGCAGGAGACGGGUGAAGAAGACUGCGAGAAAGUAAAACAAAUAUAGGAUUACAAACCUGGAGCUCAACAUCCCGAUUGCUUUGGAGAAGUCACUAAUUUGAACUUUGGCUUAAGAAACAUUGCGUUCAUGUGGUUAUUGUGCGUUGUUCGAAACGGUGAGGAGAAGCAGACCCGGAGAAGCAGAAUCAAGUGUAAAGUGUCUGAGGAGCUUCAACUGUUUUACACAGGGAGAUAAAGCGUUUCCACUUUUUACCCAAAGCUGGGAAACAUAGUGACAAAGUAGCUACCUUUAUCUGUGGAACAAUUAAUGUGAAACAUUUUUGAUGUUAGAAUAUUAUUCUAAAAAAUACUUUGGCAGCUGUGUAGAUUUUAUUAAGUUAAUUGGUGCACUUUUUACUGUUCCCGUUAAUCUUAUGAAGACGUAGCAAAUGAUUAAUUCCAACAACAUGAAACUGCCUAUUUAUGCUGUAGGUGCUCUUUUUACGUUGAUCCUUUGAUAGUAUGUUUAGUUGAUGGUAUUGUAUUUUCUAUUCUUGGAUAGGCAUGCGCACAGGGCAAAAUAAAUAAAAAGGCUUCGUUGACUGUGACACAGUAUAGAUACUGUA